CACAUCGCCAUUUUCCGUGAACGGGCGCUUCUCCGCGGAGUAACUGGGUCACAAGACAGUCGGGAAAAUACUCGAAGCGAUCGUCACAGAAGCCGCCGAUCCGAGCUCGUGGAUCCGCCCGCCGCCAUCGCGUCUACCGAGAGCCAAUGAUCGUGUUCGGUUGGUCCGCUCGGAUGAAGCAUUGGAGCGCGGGCCCAGGCUGAGACGACACCGAUCACCAGUGAACCGACACCGGCAGCGACACCGCACAGAUGAAAAGAGGUCAGAAGGGAGGUGAUGAUGGGGAGGAGGACGGGUCAGUGUCGGGGCCGGAGUUCUGGAAGCGUCUGCGGCGGAGCGACUCUGAGGACGAGGACGAGGCGGUGGACUGGAGGCAGCUGCCCGAGGAGAUCCUGCUGCAGAUCUUCCAGUACCUGCCUCUGCUGGACCGAGCCUUCGCCUCGCAGGUGUGCCGCGGCUGGAACCAGACCUUCCACACACCUGAGCUCUGGAGGUGCUUCGAGUUCGAGCUCAACCAGCCCGCCAGCUCCUACCUGAAGGCCACGCACCCCGACCUCAUCAAGCAGAUCAUCCAACGCCACUCCAACCACCUGCAGUACGUCAGCUUCAAGGUGGACAGCAGCACUGAAUCUGCAGAAGCGGCGUGUGACAUCCUCUCUCAGCUCGUCAACUGCUCUCUGAAGACGCUCGGACUGAUCUCCACCGCACGACCCUCUUUCAUGGAGCUGCCCAAAUCUCACUUCAUCUCGGCGCUGACGGUGGUGUUCGUGAACUCAAAGUCUCUGUCGUCUCUGAAGAUCGACGACACACCGGUGGACGACCCGUCACUCAAAGUGCUGGUGGCCAACAACAGCGAGACGCUGAAGCUGCUGAAGAUGAGCAGCUGCCCACACGUGUCUCCAGCAGGGAUCCUGUGUGUGGCGGAUCAGUGUCACGGUCUGCGCGAGCUAGCGCUCAACUAUCACCUGCUGAGCGACGAGCUGCUGCUAGCGCUGUCGUCCGAGCGUCACGUUCACCUGGAGCACCUGCGCAUCGACGUGGUGAGCGAGAACCCGGGCCAGCAGUUCCACUCCAUCAAGAAGAGCAGCUGGGACGCCAUGGUGCGCCACUCGCCCAAGUUCAACCUGGUCAUGUACUUCUUCCUGUACGAGGACGAGUUCGGGCCCUUCUUCCGUGACGAGGUGCCCGUCACACACCUGUACUUCGGCCGCUCCGUCAGUAAGGAUGUUCUGGGCCGCGUGGGGCUGACCUGUCCUCGGCUGGUGGAGCUGGUGGUGUGUGCGAACGGCCUGAGACCGCUGGACGAGGAGCUGAUCCGGAUCGCAGAGCGCUGCAGACAGCUGUCGGCCAUCGGUUUGGGCGAGUGUGAGGUGUCCUGCAGCGCCUUCGUGGAGUUCGUCAAGAUGUGCGGCGUCCGGCUCACGCAGCUCUCCAUCAUGGAGGAGGUCCUGGUGCCAGACAGCACGUACGGGCCGGACGACAUCCACUGGGAGGUGUCCAAACACCUGGGCCGCGUCUGGUUCCCCGACAUGAUGCCCACCUGGUAGAGACACAGAAGACAUGGAGCGUUUACAGAUGCACUUCACACACUCGCUGUGUUUCUACUGGACAGAAGCAUCACAACACUCAGUUCUGUUUCCUCCUGAUGAUCAGAUCACACUCCUCUGCAUUAGUAGUGUUAACUGAAUGAUCCUGCUCACACACUGCAGCAGAAGAUAGAAAUAACCGACCUGCUGAUAAUACUAGUGUUCUGCUGGUUGAGUCCAGCGCUGUGUGUAGAUGUGUGUGUGGUUUUCACUCUCAGCAGCUUGUUGGUUCUUGAUCUCGAGUCAAAUCAGAUCAAGUUUUGAUUCUUUUAUGUUUGCUUUAGUUCAUUCCAGAUAGAAAUGACUUCAGAAGCACUAGGGCUGCACGAUAACUGACCUUUCUGCUCAAAAAUAUAAUCACAAUUAUUCUUAUUUUCUCUCAACAUUUUUUAAUUUAAUCAGAAUUGAAUCAGAAGUAAACACUAAUCAACAGUAAUCUAGGAGGUGUGUGCGCAUUGGGAAUCAACUAAAGCCAUUUAUUUUAUGAAAUCAUGAGUUGUGAAGCUGAACUCUUCUCCCAGCAUUCAGUUCUCCGUUGGGUUCGUCACGCAGAGAACACGUGAUCACACACACACACUUGUUUUAUGGUUUUAAUGGCAGGUGGUUGGGAAAUCGGUUUGUACAGCGUGUUUUUGGGCAUUAUUAGUUGGAUUGGUUUUCAUCAAACUGAAGUCCGUCAUCAUCUUCAUCACGCUGGCGUUCAGACGAGAUUUGCGUUCGGUUAACGUUGUUUAUUUCUGUUGGGAUGCAGUGAGCGCUUCGUUAUCAAGCAAUAUAUUACACACAUGGACACAGAUCCCAUUCAGAUCAUUUCCCUGCACUUUAUAUAGAAAUGUAUUUUAGAAAUGUAUAUAUGAGAUUAUCGGUUGUGUCAAUAUUUCUCCUGAUGAUUAAUAUUAUUAUAUUAUUUUCAUUGCAGUAAACGAAUAGUGAUCAUGUUCUUACAAGCAUUUAAUCGCUUGGCUUCGGUUUAAGGAUAGUUUUAUGUAUUUGACUGCAUUGAACUAUAUCCAUAAAGACAAAAACCAAUGUGGUGUAAAUGUUUUUGUUGUUUUGGAAUAAACUUUUGUGAAUGUAA